AGGCGCCGCCGAAUCCCGCCGUUCCCCCAGUCAUGGCGGCAGCCGCGGCCGCCUCCGCCGCGGCGUCUUCUUUCCCGUCCUCCUUUCCGCCCCCGUCGCCCACGUCCUGGCCGGAGCCGCUGUACUGCCUGGGGCCGGACCACGCGCGGGAGCGGCUGCAGGACGACGCGGUGAAGACGGUCACCUCCGUGGAGCAGACGAGAGUAGAAGAUAAGAUCGAAGAAGUCUUCAGCGCAUACAGGAUCAACCACCACGUACCAAGGCUCAUUCUGCAGCGAGAAAAGCACUUUCACUAUCUGAAAAGAGGCCUGCGUCAGCUGACCGAUGCCUACGAGUGUCUGGAUGCCAGCCGCCCCUGGCUAUGCUAUUGGAUCCUGCACAGUUUGGAGCUGCUUGAUGAGCCCCUCCCAGAAUCGGUGGCUUCAGACGUGUGCCAGUUCCUGGACCGAUGCCAGAGUCCUAAUGGCGGCUUCGGAGGGGGUCCCGGCCAGCAGCCGCACCUGGCUCCAACGUAUGCAGCAGUCAAUGCGCUCUGCAUUAUCGGCACCCAAGAGGCCUUCGAUAUCAUCGACAGGGAGAAGCUCCUGAGAUAUCUAUACUCCUUGAAGCAGCAGGAUGGCUCUUUUAUCAUGCAUAUUGGAGGCGAGGUGGAUGUCAGAAGUGCUUACUGUGCGGCAUCGGUGGCCUCCCUGACCAACAUCAUUACACCCACACUCUUCGAGGGCACAGCUGAGUGGAUAGCAAGGUGUCAGAACUGGGAAGGUGGAAUUGGUGGCGUGCCAGGGAUGGAAGCCCACGGCGGGUACACGUUCUGUGGGCUAGCGGCAUUGGUCAUCCUGAAGAAGGAGUGCUCUUUAAACCUCAAGUGUUUGCUACAGUGGGUGACGAGCCGACAGAUGCGGUUUGAAGGUGGAUUUCAGGGGCGCUGCAAUAAGCUGGUGGAUGGGUGUUACUCCUUCUGGCAGGCGGGAUUGCUGCCGCUGCUCCAUCGAGCUCUGCAUGCCCAAGGUGAUCCUGCCCUGAGCAUGAGCCGCUGGAUGUUUCAUCAGCAGGCCCUGCAGGAGUACAUUCUCCUCUGCUGCCAGUGUCCUGCAGGAGGGCUUCUGGAUAAACCUGGCAAGUCACGAGACUUCUACCACACCUGCUAUUGCCUGAGCGGCUUGUCCAUAGCCCAGCACUUUGGCAGUGGAGAUAUCCUGCGUGAUGUGGUGUUGGGGGUGCCGGAGAACCGUUUGCAUCCCACUCAUCCCGUGUACAACAUAGGACCGGAUAAAGUGGUCCACGCUGUUAUGCACUUCCUGAAGAAGCCAGUCCCUCACCUUGAGGAGGCGGCGACAGCUACAGCCAAGAACGUUACUGCUGCCAACUAGAAAGCACUAUUUCUCUACCCACUCGUCCCGGAGUUCUGUACUCUCUCCUUAUCUCCCUUUCUCUUCCUCUCUCUCCAUCAUCCUUUCUCUCUCCUUUUGAUAACACAAUGCCUAAGUCUUGGAGAUGUUCCAACCGAUUCUUGAAAGCCUAGGGGCUUGCCCAGUCCAAAACCCUCCAUCCAGUAGUGGUGGGGCCUGGGGGAGCAGUGCACGCUGGGGAGAUAGUUGCCGUCUAUCCUGCCAACACCUCAGCCAGAACUGGUGAUGAGUACAAAUAUUUUGGCAUCUGAUCCAGUUGCUGCUGCGACUAAGUCACCAAAAGGAGAUGCUCGUCCAGCCUGGGGCAGACAGAAGUCCUCUAGGGUCUGUUGAGACAAGUCCCCUGGAAAUCGUGCAUGUGGGAUUCCAGUUAAACCUGGACUGGAGUGUGAUUCUACAGUGCCCCACUACUCUGCUCCACCCUUCCUCUCUCUCUCCCUUUAUCUCUUCCUCUCUCUCUCUCCCCCUCUUCCCCUCUCUGUUUUUCUCGGGUAAGCGGGAGAUAGGCAAGUAGAGAGUGAGGGACCUUGUGGGUAUAACUCAACUGAAAAAAGGCCACAAAGGACCUGGAGCUUGGGCAAUCCUGGUCCUGGGAAGCCAGCUUCAGGUCGAGAGGCCAAAGGAAGAGAGUCACUACUCAUCCCGGGCCUCAAUAGCUCUUCGGUAGCCCUUUGGCUCCUGGAGGGCCAUUGAUGUGGGCCAGCUGGGGGGCCAUCCCAAGGAUAAGAUUUCUUUCCUUAUCCUUGUAUUAACACUACUAAAUAUCUCACCAUAACUGACUCAGGAUUCACCCACUGGCUCCCAGAGACAAAAACUUCCAAACAGGUGGAUGACUCCUACUAAAUCAGGCUAGAAAAUCUUGUCGUUGAGAGAGCCUCUGAUGCAAAGAGAAUCUGAGUUGGUUACCCUCUUGCAUUGAGAGAAGUUUAGUCACCUAGUUUGGGACAAUAUCCAACUCUAACUAGGUUUCUCUGAUUAAGCUGUAUGUGAGACUGAGGAAUAAUUCCAUUGCUAACAUGACAGUGGGAUUCAGAGAAUUACUGACUCGGCUUCUCCGAGUGGAAGCCUGUGUGGACGGUUGGGAGAUGCCCAGUGAGUGUCUUUUGCUUUCAAAUUCAGAACAGUUGUUGCCUCUAGUAGCCUAUUGCUUUGGAUUAAAGAGCUGUGUAUUACUUCUUUUAGGUAAUAAAAAAAGUUCCAUUUUCACCAUGA